AUGAAGUUCUCCACCAUCUUCAGCCUCGCGGCCACUGCUGCUUUCGCCAGCGCCGCAGCCAUCCCAACUCCCGACGCUGCCCUUGAGGCUCGUCAGGCAAACGAGGCAUAUACCAUCGUCGAGGCCCUCUACGCCGACAUCAAGCAAUACACCGGUGCUAUCAACGCCACCGCCUCCGGCGUCUCCCUUACCUCAUCCCUUGCAGACCAGAGCGCGGCUGCUGCCUCGUACCAAUCGAAUGUCGAGGCCAUCACUGCCGCCGUCAACGCCGCUAAGGCUCAGACUGAUGCUCUGUCGCCUGCUUCCAAGGUCCGCCGCCAGACUGAUACCGCGCUUGCUGCUCUCGUUGAGAACCUGUUGCUUGAGGUCAGCGGUGCUUUGAACAACAUCAUCGCUACUCUUGGCUUGACUUCCCUCCUCGGAUCGUUGAACCCAUUGGUGGGAUCGCUCUCUGGUCUGCUUCUCAGUCUCGAGGCUGUUGUCGAUAACUUGCUUGCUGUUGUCAAGCAGUUGCUUGAUGGUCUGCUCACGGGCUUGAGCGUUGGUCUUGCUGGCCUCGUCUUGUAG